UUCUUCAAUGUUCAACAUAAUUAUUCAUUAACUCUCUAACAUUCUGAAUCCCUAAUUCUACUCAAACAAAACUCACUAUUGAGAGCCCUAAAUCUAAUCACGGUACACACCGCCGGAUUCCGCCGCGCCUCCCCCAACCACUUCGUUGCACGCUCUGCGCCACCACCUCCUUCAUCGACGUUGGUCCGUCGCUAGCACGCCAGUUGAUAUCAAACUCUACCUCUGAGCUGGCUAGACGAGCAAAGAUAAGGAGAGUGGGAGGAUAAGAAAAUUCGCAAAAAGGAGCAGUUUGGUGGAAGCAUAAACAUGUCGGAGGCUCUCCUCUUAUCUGUGAUACAGAAGCUCGACGUUAAUUAUCAAGAGACCACAGCAACAGAGUACAUGAAAGAGGAAAUGGAAAGGGUAAUUAAAGAGAUGAGAGAGAUUGUGGAUAUAGUGAGGGACAAGAAACUGGAAGAGGGGAGAACCCUAAAGUUUUUGGUAUCUGACCUUGUCGACGUUGCUGAUGAUGCCCUCUACCUUUUCAUACGAGAUGAAAAAUAUUAUGUGCACUUCUAUGAGUCUAUCCAUAGUUGGAUGGGAGAGAUAAAAAAGCAGAUGCUUAAACUGGGAGAUGAUGAGUCCAACAUGAGAUCAUCAAAAAAUGUUGAUGACGAAGAAGAUGACAACUAUGUGGUGGGCUUGGACAAAGAUUUGGAAAUGUUGCUUCGCAAAAAGGUUAUUGGUGGGGGAGAAUACUCGAAGAAAAUUCUAAUCAAAGGGAUGGAUGGUAUUGGAAAGACAACUCUUGCAAGAGAGAUAUACAACCAUCCAACCGUCGUUGAACACUUCGAGCGCCGUGCUUGGGUAUCUAAUUCUACUCAUUUCACUAUUAAAGAGCUACUUAUCAAACUAAUACAGCAGCUAGAAGAUCCUGAAAAUCUCCAUACAUCUUCCUUAUUGGAGAACAUGGACAACCGAAGCCUCCGAGAUAUGCUUCGCCAACACUUGCAAGGAAAGCGAUACCUAAUAGUUCUCGACGACGUGCCCAAACAAAUGCGCUUGAAGUCUUUCUGGGAAGCUCUUCAAGAUGAAGACAAUGGAAGUAGAUUGCUGCUCACGAGUCACACGACACAUAUCGACAUAUACGUAUACGAUGAAGAUGUUUAUAAGAUGAAUCCCUUGGAUUCUAAGAAGAGCUGGCAAUUGUUUCUGAAAACAAUAAACCAUGGCAAUAAAUUAAUGGGUGAGCACAAAUUCCCAAUGAACUUGGAGUAUAUGGGAAAACAAAUGUUGAGAAAAUGUGGUGGUCUUCCAUUAGCUAUAAAAGCGGUGGGAAAGCAGUUAGCAGAAAAGAAAGUCUCACGUGAGAGUGAAUGGGAACAACUUCUUGACUCAGUUGAUUUUGGUUCAACACUGAAGUUGUUGGAACCUUUUUAUCAUAAAUUGGAUCCCAAACUGAGGCCAUGUUUCUUCUCUAUGGCCUUCUUUAAGGAAAAUACAACUUUGAGGGAAGAAAAGUUGAUACAGAUUUGGCUUGCAGGAGGAGCAGUGUAUGACUGUCUACGAUCUUUAUAUGGUUUAAUCAAUGAAUCUGUUAUUGAUGUCAAGGACAAGAUCACGGAGUAUAGCAUGAAUCCUGUGCUACACAUGCUAUCCACCCAAAAAGCAGAGGAGGAAUUCGGUCUUGAGAUGCUAAGGAACAAUGGAAAUAAUCGACCUUGUCAUCAGAGUCCUCGUCAUCAUCGUGUUAUCAUUUGUAGUAGAAACAAGUUCAACUACUCCAUGGAUCAAGAUAAGCUUCUUGUUUCUCUCUUCUUCCACGGAGGUGGCUACUUUGAUGCUAAUCCAUCUUAUUGGAAGAGGUUUGAAAAACUUAAGAUACUUGACUUGGAAGAUUUUGGGUUGAAGUUUAUACCAGAUUCUAUCGGCACAUUGAUGGAAUUAAGAUACUUGGGGUUGAGAAAUAAUUACAUAAAAGAGAUCCCAGAGUCAUUGGGGUGCUUGGAAAAGCUUGAGGUUCUUGACAUAGCUCAAAAUUUUAUGGUGGAGGUGCCAGAUAUUAUAUGGGAAAUUCGUAGCCUUCGCCACCUCUACUUGUCUAAUGUGAUUUGCCGGAAGCCUUCCAAGAUAGGCGCGCUACAGAAUUUGAAAACAUUAACCUACGUCUCGGUUGAUAAUUGGACACAUGAGCUCUCGGGCUUAAAAAUGUUGAGUUUUUUCGAAAAAUUAGGCAUAGAAGAAUUGGAUGGAAACUCAGAUGUAAGCAAGCUCUUUGUGUCAUUGGCUGUGUUGGUGCGUGUUAAACACCUAAUCUUAAGAGGGUAUCGUUUCAGAAGCAUGCCUUGUUUGGAUGAGGUUGGUAAUCUAGAAAGACUCAAAACACUCAAAUUGGAUGGACUCAUUGCCAGGCUUCCAAGAAGUUUCCCUGCAAAUAUAGAAUCAUUGACGUUGGUUAAUAGUUGUCUUGAUGAAGACCCCAUGCCACUACUAGGGAAGUUACCCAAUCUAGAGUACCUCAAAUUGCGGAAUGCAUACACUGGUCAACAAAUGGUGAUCUCACCCAACACCUUCGAUUAUCUCGGAGUCAUGUGCAUCGAAGAGUUAUGGAAUCUGAGAAAUGUACAAUGUGGAAAAGAUGCAAUGCAAAUUCUCUGGAAAUUAGAAAUCCAUGAUUGUCCAUAUCUAGAUUCCCUCCCGGAAACAAUUGAAGGGAUGUACAAUCUGAAGGAGUUAAAGAUGGUGACAACCAAAAGCAUUGCAACAAAGAUGAGGAAUUCAGACUUAAUCUCCAAAAUAGAGACGGUGAAUAUCAAUCCAUGAGCUGCAAUUGGCGUUAAUUUGGAUAAUUGAUUUUUCUUCGCCUUUGGUGGUUGUGUGUUUGUAAAUGACAUUGAGUUGCUUUGACAAUUGUGGUUUCUUCAUAUCUUGUUUCCACUCUCUUCCUUCUCAAGUUACUGCAGAUUUUGGCAACAUGCAGACAACUUGCCUCCCGAUGCAGACAAGUUAAUAUUAUCCCUCCUUGAAGUGAAAAUAAGGAAGGAAACAUGGUGAGCUUCUUUUUUGUGUAAAAUGUGGGAAAAGAAAUGAGAUAUUUAAAUGAAUA